CUAGAAAGAUAAAGGCAGGGAGGGAAGAAGAAAGACUUAAUUGGCAAAUGUAAAGAAAAGCUCCUUCUGUCCUAGAAAGAGAAUAUUUUACAGCAAAUCAUAGACCAGAGGAAAAGAAGCUUGUGGCAGGGGUCGUGCCAGGCAAGACCUGGGGAAGCAUAGGUUCACCAUAGGCAACUUCCAUGCCCCUCCUAAUUUUUCCUGAUAGGGUCUGAGGCGGCUUAGGGGCAGAGUGGGUCAGCCGGAUGCACCCAUGACCUCGCACAGCUAGGCAGCACCCCGGGGACCUUCUCCCUGCAGCAAGCAAAUCCUACGAAGCACAACUCACAAGAAAAGUGAGUGGGAGAGACUCUGCCUCUCCUGCUAUCGAACAGGGGCUGCGAGGAGAAGGGGUCAGCUCACCAAAGGGAAAAGCUAUCACAGCCUCUGAGACCUCUCUUCAGACUCUGUCAGUCGUCUGAUUCGGUACUUACCACCCAUGGGGGAACACCCUCUGGAGCUUUGCGGUCCUUUCCCAUCCUGCUAAGAUCCCAGGAAAUACUGCUGAAGAACAGAGCCCAGUGCAAGCAACGUGGGAUCCACCAAGCAACAGCCUUUUACAGCAGCUGCCCUCUCUGAUUAAAAUUAUCAGUUUCAUCAGACUGCACCAAGACCCAGAACUGCUCCUACAAGGAAAGAGAGGAACAAGCAAUGAUGAAGACUAUGUCUGGUGGAAAAUGCAACCUGAAUGUGCCAGCCAAGAACUCUUACCGCAUGGUAGUGCUGGGAGCCUCCAGGGUGGGGAAAAGCUCCAUUGUCUCACGGUUUCUCAAUGGCCGAUUUGAUGAUCAGUACACUCCCACCAUUGAGGAUUUCCAUCGCAAAGUCUACAACAUCCGAGGAGACAUGUAUCAGCUGGACAUCCUGGACACCUCUGGGAAUCAUCCUUUCCCUGCCAUGAGGAGGCUUUCCAUCCUGACAGGAGAUGUUUUCAUCCUCGUAUUCAGCUUGGACAACAGAGAAUCCUUUGAUGAGGUCAAAAGGCUUCAGAAACAGAUCCUUGAAGUCAAAUCCUGCCUGAAGAACAAGACCAAGGAAUCAGCUGACCUCCCCAUGGUGAUCUGUGGCAACAAAAACGACCACAGUGAAAUCUUCCGGAAGGUACGCUCAGAUGAAGGCGAGAAACUCGUCUCCAGUGAUGAGAACUGUGCUUACUUUGAAGUCUCAGCCAAGAAGAACACCAAUGUGGAUGAGAUGUUCUAUGUCCUCUUUAGCAUGGCCAAACUACCUCACGAGAUGAGUCCUGCCCUCCACAGGAAAAUCUCCAUCCAGUACGGUGACACCUUCCAACAGAAACCCUUCCGGAUGCGCCGAGUCAAGGACAUGGACGCCUAUGGGAUGAUCUCGCCCUUUGCUCGCCGGCCAAGCGUUAACAGUGACCUGAAGUACAUCAAAUCCAAAGUUCUCAGGGAAGGUCAGUCAAGGGAGAGGGAGAAAUGCACGAUUCAGUGAAGGGAGCUUGCACUUCUGUCUGAAGUCAUCAUCUACAUGCAGUGCCUUAAAGAAAAAAAUGGUCUGUGGAAGCACAGGAUGGGCUCUGGGAUUCAUUGAGAAAACCCAACAUGGAGAAAGGAUCAGGUUUUUUCUGCAGAUUCUGCCGAGUCACGAAUGUAAAUAACAUCAUCCUUGUAAAUGACUGGGGAAAAUCAUAUGCCUGAGAUAUGAGUGCAUUUCUUUGUAACGUAGUUCCUCUUCAUCCUCCUUUCUGUUUAAAGAACACAGACCUGAGAAGUAAAGGAAUUUCAACCUCAUCUCUACAAAGGAAGUGGGACAAAAACGCACAGAAGGCAUUAACUGUUACCCAGCACGCAACCCUUGAGAGAGGAGGUUACGUGUAGGUGUGUGUGUAUCUGUGUGUGUGUUUAUGUGUGCAUGCAUGUGUGGAGCACUUCUUUAACAAACCACGGGACUUGUAUUUCAAUGGGCAGCAGUCUCACUGAGGUUUCCCAGUUUGGGAGUGGACUCUAUGUACAGACGCAUGGCUCUAACUUGCUUCUAAGGGCACCUGCAUUAGGAAGAUCUUGGUUAUCAUUUGACAUCAACAUGAAUGUUGUUCUGUAUUACAGAUUUUUUUGGGGGGGUUCUUUUUCAGUUGUUUUUUUUAAUUGUCUGGGGGUGGGUUCUUCGCAAAAUCAGAUGGCAAGUGAAUUUGAUAUCAAAACAGUGUUUACUUUCUAACAGUGAAAGGUGGUUUUCAUCUGUAAAACUAUGUAAUAUGUACAUUGAUUGAAAGUGAAAUUGUUCUGCAAAAAGCCAUUACAUAUCUGACUGCUUUGCAAGCAUGGUGUGAUAUUGUUUCUCAAAGCAGCCACACCAGCUAUGAAUACUGUAGUAGAAAUGACACCCCUCGCCUUGUUGGCUACUGAAGCAAUGGUUCCUUCCUCUCCAUCUAUCAGCUGAGACUGACCAGAUUCAAAUGUUGUCUUAGACCACUUCAGAGGCAGGACUGGGUCUUUCUGCAAGAUGAAGAACUGGACAAUUGCAGGGCCAGCACCACUACAUUUCUUCCCUUAGUAUGCCUCUAGGCAUUUUGUUUGUGAUUUUCCCUGUUGUCUUUUCCCAAGGUUGUCUUGAUGGAAACCCUUGCACUGCAGAAGUCUUUCAGAACAGAAUCUCUGUGCUGGCUGUUCAAACACGAAUGAACUGGCUGGCCAGAUAAAUCUAGGGCUGUCUAUUCAUUUCUUCCCUCUCGCACCCCAGUCCAAUCUUCUUUGUCUUCAGGUUCUUCCUGUUCUGCGUCUGGCUUUGUUGUUCAGUGUGCUCCUGUGUGCCCUCAAAGCCAAAUAUAUUUGCCCAAAUGAGAACUUGCCACUCUUUGCUGAAUAGAAUGAGAUGUGUACACACAUAACUGUGAGCAAAGCAUGAUCAGAAGACUGUACACAACAAUGGAGUAUAUAUAUUAUACAUACCUGAGAUACCUUUGUAUAUAGCUGAAUAACCUUCAGCUAUUUUAUCCCUCCCUCACCCUUUUCUGUCUCGCUGUUUCCUGGAAAGAGCUGUGAGCCAGUUCAUGCUAUAAUUUGACAGGAAAAUAAGAAUAAAAAUUAGCGCCUGGAACGCAAAAUCCCAUAUUCACUUGUCAGCUCCACCUUUCAUUGGUUCUGUAUCUUGACUGGUAAAAUAUACUGUUCUUUUAUUCCUGUUGCCAGGGUAUCACCUUUCAGACCAUGCCCACCUUCCUAUCUGUAAAUAUGUAUAUGGUUUAUGAUUAAAUUUGUUUUAUUU